AUGCUUAUUGUCUUUCGAGAAUCAUUGGCUCAAUUUCAGCCUGUGAUAAUGUUAAUUUUCAUAUUGGUCUGGGGUCUCUUGAGUGGACUUGCAGCUUCUACAGCUUCAGCUGACAUUAAUGCAAAUUUCUAUUAUCUUACUCUGGAUCCAAAUGCAACAAUCACAAUGCAAGCUGACUCGUCGAAGUUUCAAAGUGUUCAAGUGGUUCCCUCCUCCUCCAACGCACUAGUCAUCCCAGGCAACGUUCAAGCUAUAUGGCCUGCACUUCAAAACAAUCAAGGCAUUAUGCAAACUGUGGUCGCAAACCAAGGAAGCAUCGGAGAGUGGUUUUAUAUUGGAUUAGAGUUCUGUUGCACACCUGAAGACUGGCAAGCUGAUAAAGCUCAGCAAGUAUAUCCAGGAGAUUGUAUUAUUACAAAGUACCAAUUAAUAAAUGCAAAUACUGGAGUGUAUAAUGUUACAUGGAAGGUUGAGAGGGGUCACUCCGGCACUCAAGCUGGCGAGAUAUCCUUUACUGCAGAAUCUUUCUUCUAUCCUUUAGAGCAUCCGACCCCUGGUGGCCAAAGCCCGUUUAAUAAGGCACUUUUCGCUAUCGAAACACAAGGAGGAAGUAAGUGGGACUUUGGGCCAGUUCAAUGGGACCAAGUCACUAUACAAGCCGACACUACUAGAAGUGAUUGGUGUUUUAAACCUACCAACAAUACGGACUUCCAACAUUAUCUUUCCACUCCCACCGUCUUCAUCUCUGACAAUGAAGUAAUCUGUGAAUAUUGUUUACUAAUCCUUGGGGACACAAAGCCACCUGCAACUCUCUCAUCUCUCGAAACAACCUCGCACACUGAGCCUGGACCCACCACACAAGAUCUGAUCUUCUCGCCUACCACAAGCCUCACAGCUGCAGUCUUCGUAUACAAUCGAGAGCCACCUCUUCCAACACCAAAUACCUCUGGACCAGCCGAUGCUCCCACCUCGACGCCCUCAAAUGGUCUUCCAGACCCAUCAUAUUCUGCACUGCCAGUCUCCUGGGAAUCUGCCAAUAACCACUACAGCUCCUACAAUUCUAUACAAAUGUCUAAAUACACCGUCGUGCUAGAAGCCGAUCUCGAGAGCGUCUUCGGAACUACCACUAUCGCGACUGUGGAUGGGGAUAGUGCGUUGACUACCAUCACAACAGAUAACUACAAAGCAUGGGCUACCGCUUACGCCGCAGCACAUGGGAAUGGAACGGGUAAUUCUACGAUUGCGAAUGGUGAUCAAGAUUCUGUUCACCUUAUUCCGAUGUCACUUCCGUGGUUAAUGGCCAUGCUUGUGAUAAUGAGCUCGGUGAUCGUGGGUGCUGCUGCGUAUUUUAUCUACAGACCUAGAUUGAGGGAGGUUUCAUGA